UCGCAUUCUGCGCGGGGCGGUGUGUCCUCGCCGAGGUGCCGUCUCCUUCCGGAAUCCGAACCCGGGGCGGCCCGGAAGCGGACGCGGCGGAGAGGCCGCGUGCGUGCGUGAGGAGACGGAUGAUGGCGGCCCGGGGCUCCGGGAGGCGGGGAGCCGGGUCUGGAGGGAGCCGGGGGCCGGACCCGCAGGAGGAGCCGCCCCCGCCGCUGCAGGCUGUGCUGGUCGCGGACAGCUUCAAUCGCCGCUUCUUCCCCGUCUCCAAGGACCGGCCCCGGGUUCUCCUUCCUCUGGCAAACGUGGCCAUGAUUGACUACACCCUGGAGUUCCUAACUGCAACUGGAGUGGAAGAAACCUUUGUCUUCUGCUGCUGGAAGUCGGCUGAGAUAAAGGAGCAUUUACAUAAGUCCAAGUGGUGCCGCCGCACCUCUUCCAACAAGGUGCGCAUUGUGACCUCAGACCUGUACCGCUCACUUGGUGAUGUGCUAAGGGACGUCGAUGCCAAGUCCUUAGUCCGCUCUGACUUUCUUCUCGUCUCUGGAGAUGUGGUGUCCAACAUCAAUGUUUCUGCAGCUCUGGAGGAGCACAGGAUGCGCCGUAAGCUGGACAAGAACGUGUCUGUGAUGACGAUGAUUUUCAAAGAGUCCUCACCAGGUCACCGUGCUCGGUGCCAGGAGGAUGACAUCAUCCUUGCUAUGGACAGCACUACGAACCGCGUCCUGCACUACCAAAGAACCCAGGAGCUGAAGCGCUUUCGCUUUCCCGUGAGCUUGUUCCAAAGCAAUAUUGAGACAGUUGAGGUGCGCCAUGACUUGCUAGACUGCCAUAUCAGCAUCUGCUCCCCACAGGUGGCUGAGUUGUUCACAGAUAACUUUGAUUAUCAGACUCGGGAUGACUUUGUGCGUGGCCUGCUGGUGAACGAGGAGGUCCUAGGGAACCAGAUCCAUAUGCAUGUGACAGCAGAGGAGUAUGGUGCCCGUGUGUCCAACCUGCUGAUGUACGAGGCUGUGUGUUCCGACAUCAUCCGGCGCUGGGUUUAUCCUAUGACUCCAGAGAUGAACUUCACCGAUGAUGAGACACAGAGCUAUACCCAUUCCAAGCACAACAUCUACCGAGGGGCAGAGGUGAGCCUGGGCCACGGCAGCGUGCUGGACGACAACGUCCUCAUUGGGCAGGGGACGGUCAUUGGCAGCAACUGCUCCAUUACCAACAGUGUCAUCGGUCAAAACUGCAAAAUAGGGGAUGAAGUUAUCCUGGAUGGAGCAUUCCUCUGGAACGGUGUCCACGUAGCAGACCGCGUGGUGAUCCGGCAGUCUAUUGUCUGCGAUGAGGCUGAAGUGAAGGAGACGGUCAAAUUAAAUCCUCACUGCGUCCUUACUUCCCAGGUGGUGGUGGGUCCUAACAUCACCCUCCUUGAGGGCACAGUGAUCUCGCUGCACUCACCAGAUGAGGAAGAGGAGGAUGACGAUGAGUUCAGUGAUGAUUCUGGAGUGAACAAGGAGGAGAACAAAGUGAAGCUGAAAGGUUAUAACAAAGCAGAGGUGGGGUCAGAGGGCAGAGGUUACCUCUGGAAAGCAGAUGAUGAGAAUGAAGCGGAUGAGGAAGAGCAAAGACAAAGCCUUUGGGGCCCCACCUUGAAUCCAGAGGAAGAGAGUGAGACAGAGAGUGACCUGAGUCUGGGCUCCGAGCAGCCAGACAGUCGGACUGCUUCUCCUCAACUGGAUGACAUCAAAGUUUUCCAGAAUGAGGUUCUGGGUACCUUGCAGAGGGGUGAAGAGGAGAACAUCUCCUGUGAUAAUCUGGUCUUGGAAAUCAACUCUCUCAAAUAUGCCUAUAACAUUGGCCUGAAGGAGGUGAUGCAGGUGCUCAGUCAGGUGGUCAUGGAGUUCCCAUUGCAGCAGCUGGACACGGAGUUAGACCCCCAACACUACUGUGUAAUGCUGAUUCCUCUGUUGAAGAAGUGGUCCCCAGUGUUUAAGAACUACAUAAAGCGGGCAUCAGAUCACUUGGACGCCUUAUCUGCCAUUGAGGAGUUCUUCCUCGAACAUGAUGGCCUCCACACAUCCAUAGCCAAAGUGCUGAUGACCUUUUACCAGCUGGAAAUCCUGGCAGAGGAGAUGAUUCUCGUCUGGUUUUCUCAGCGGGACGCAUCUGAUAAGGGCAGGCAGCUUCGGAAAAACCAGCAGCUUCAAAAGUUUAUCCAGUGGCUGAAAGAGGCGGAAGAAGAGUCGUCGGAGGGCGACCAAGACUGACCUGGCAGCCUGACAUGAGAAGAGGCACUCCUGCUGCCCUUAGAGGAGGAGGGAGGGAGGGAUCUCUUACUGGCCAGGCUUUGCCUGGCAAGGUGGGCAGAGCAAGAGUGCAUAGGUGCAGAGUGCAUAGGUGUGGGACCUGAAAUCAAAGUGACUGACAAUCCCAUUGUUAAUUGUUGUGUAUUCCCAGCCCCCCAAAUGGCAUCUUACGUGGGAUAGUCACAGCACAGCGUGAGAACCUCAAGGGAAAAGCAGGAGACACUAACGUCCACGAUCCCUCUGUGGCCUGUGUAUGAUGUAUUAUAAGCUAUCCAUUGGGAGCCACUCACUCCUAAUGUAGCGGUGACAGGCAUAUACAUAUAAAUUCCAUGUAAAUCUAACUCUUGGGGUUUGAACCAUUUCUGGUUUGUGUAAAUGUGGUCAUAUGACCUGGUUAUUUGGAGUUACUGUUCAUGGAGCUGUAAAGAGGCCAAUGGACAAUUCAUUCCCACUCACUUGUGGAGAGCCCUUUCUGAAGGGCUGGUGGACAGACAUGGCUUAGUCAUCUAAGCACAGGACUGGGCCUCAGGAACUCCUUUGGCAGGGGAAGGCACAGUUGUCAGAGGAAGCCCAAGGCAUUUGGCAGCCUGGAAUGAGAAGAGGCAGUUGUGCUUUCUUUCGAGGAGGGAGAACCUCUUACCAUCAGGCACACCUGGCUAGUUAAAAUCUUGGGUCUGACCUGGACUUGCACUGUGAUCGUAGCAAAACUAUGUAAUCUUUCUGUUUCCCUUUCUGUAAAGUGGGGCUAAUCCUCACUCUCCCACCUCACCGGAGGGCUAGCUAAUAACAGAAACACACUUAGGGAAUAAAGUACUGUACAGAGGAUUAUGCCCCAGAUAUGACCUACCUUCUCUGUCCCCCUAGUGGCUGGUUCUUUGGGUGAGUUUUUAUUUUAACUUAGAAAAGGGAACAGAUGCCUGACACUUGUUAAGGCCCCUGGUUCAGGGAUUUGCAUGGUUCUGAGUGUGCAAGCUGCGACACCAGACGUUCUCUCGUCCUGCUUCCCAUGCUAGCGACAGUUAGACACACUAGCUCAAGCCAGGGGGGUUAUUUAUUUAUUUAUUUUGUUAAACCCUAGCUUUGCUUUUCUCCUUUGGGGGGGAAACUAUGGAUCAGCAACUGCGGGAUAAUGCAUGGGUGUGCAGCAGGAGUGAAUGUGUGUCCUUUCCAUCCAUCCCUCUCCUGCACCCUCCUCCAUGCUGGUAAUAGAGCCUUCAGGAGCAGCAUUCUUGUAAAUGUCAUUGUGCCACUUCCUGCCCCUGUUCUCCCCCAAGAAUGGAGCAGAUCAGCUGACCCUUAAUAGGUAGGUCAUAUGUUAAGCAUGCUGACCUUGCCACUGGCCUUUUAUGGGGGGAGGUGUGGAAUAAAUUCUAUGGGGGGAUACAUUGAAGCUGCCCACUCAGGAUUUUUUUGGCCAUUGGAUGAUGCCACAUAUUCUAAACGAGGGGACAUUGAUCUGUGGGGGAGGGGGUCAGAAAACGCUGCCUCUUAAAGAUGGAUGUUGGGAAGGGGGCAGACUUGAGCUCUCACGGUGUCGGUUGCCAGGACUGCAUGGAGGCCCUCAGCUUCUGGCAUGACGGAACCCAGUCUUGUAAAUGUUGGGGAAAAUAGCUGAUAUUUGAACUUUCUAUAUCUGCCAAUAUUUAAUUCAGGGAGUGAUUAAAAACAUCCUGGUGUAAAGAA